GAUGGGUUUAGAGUUGUUUCUGGUGGCGCGGAUAAUGCAGGUCGUUGCUUCGACAUUACUACACAACAAUCCACACAAAUUGCUAUUCAUGAUCAACCUAUUAGAUGUAUCAAAUAUGUUGAUCAAGCUUAUCUAGUGGCCACAGCUAGUUGGGACAAAACAAUAAAGUACUGGGACAUGCGAACUCCGUCACCUGUGCUAACAGUUAAUCUUCCAGAACGAUGCUAUGCAAUGGAUGCCAUUUACCCAUUAAUGGUUGUUGGAACCGCAGACAGGCUUGUUCAAAUAUACAAUCUAGGACGUCCGUCAACUCCUUAUAAGACUUGUCAAAGUCCAUUGAAAUUUCAAACGCGAUAUAUUUCUUGUUUUCCGAGCGGCGAUGGUUACGCUAUUGGAAGUAUAGAAGGAAGAGUAGGAAUCCAAUAUGUUGAAGAAAAAGAUAAUCUCACGAAUUAUUCAUUUAGAUGUCAUCGAGAUGGAAACAACGUGUAUUCUGUCAAUUCCAUUUCUUUCCAUCCAAUAUACGGUACUUUUUCAACCGCUGGCAGUGAUGGCACAUUCAAUUUUUGGGAUAAAGACUCCAGACAACGUUUAAAGGGUUUCAGCUCAGUCGGCACAUCAAUUCCUGCUGCUACGUUCAAUCGCAAUGGUACUAUUUUUACGUACGCAGUCAGUUAUGAUUGGAGUAAG